AUGACUCAAAUAGCCGAGGCAUCUUAUGAUCAUUUUGACGAUUAUUGGAGAGUUGUUGAUCUCCUUCACAAGAGGUUAAGUGAUUUUAAUCGAAAGAAAUGGAGACGAUCUUACAACUCAUUGAUAUUAUUGGAGUUUCUAAUUACACAUGGUCCCGAGGAUUUUGCUAUUGAAUUUAGAAGUGAUGUUGAUAUUAUCAAAGAAUUAGGAACAUUUCGAUAUACAGAUAAAGAAGGGGUUAAUUGGGGGCUUUAUAUGAGAAACAAAACAGAAAGGAUACUUAAUUUUAUACAAGGAGGUGCAUCACUUCAAGAAGUGCGGUCCAAGGCAAUAAUAAAGCUAACAAACGAAAUCCAAGGUUUUGGAAGUUCAUCAUCAUCAACAUCAUCAUCAUCAUCAUCUCCAACACACUCAUGGAGAUCAUCAUCGUUUGAUAAUAAUUCACCAUCAAGUCCUACAUGGCAUCAUGAUCAUCAUCAUCAUCAUCCUUCACAUGACCAUAUCAAACAUGGUGAUCAUAUGAAGCAACUUGAUCUUGAAGAGAAUUUGCUAGAACCUAAUAAUUGUCCUAAAAAUGAUGAAGUCAUCUUUCAACAUAAUAGAAUGCCUAAAAAUUUCCUUGAUGAUGGAGUUACUACAAGUGACAUAUUGGAUUGGAAUUCAUUUCAAGAAACAUUCAUCGAAAUUGAUCUUAAUGAUGACUUUGAAGAUCAUGAUAAUAAUAAUGACAAGAAAAAAGUGGGAUUUUUCAAAGGAAUUUGCUCAAAGCAUGUUGGUUACAAGCCCAUUGAGUAA